AUGGCUCGGAGCAGUGAACGAUUGGCUAUUUGCUUGAGCACCAAGCCGAGACACAUUCUAUCGUGGUUGAACAAGCACGUUGCUCCAGAGGCAUCUUCUGCGGCGACAACCGACCAGGGAGGGAGCUGUGUCGUUGCCGUCAUGUCAACAGAUAUACCUCUCAACAGCGAACCAGGGACAGAAAAUGGAAACUGUGUCAGCAUCUCCAAGGAUGAAGUGGGCUGGCGCAGGGCCAUCCGAAAUUUCACCCCUUCAUGGUUCGCCGUCAAUAUGGGGACGGGUGUCGUCUCCAUCCUCCUGCAUACCUUGCCGUACAAUGCGCGGUGGAUAUCGCAUGGCGUGGCCAUCGCCUUUUUCGUCCUCAACAUCGUCGUCUUUAUCAUUUUCACCGUCAUGUCGAUCAUGCGCUACACCCUGUAUCCUGAAAUUUGGACUGCCAUGCUGGGGAAUCAUGAGGAAUCCAUCCUGUUGGGGUGCUUCCCCAUGGGCCUUGCGACCAUCAUAGACAUGAUGAUUUCCACCUGUUACCACUGGGGCGACUGGCUCCUCUACCUCGCCUGGGCUUUAUGGUGGUUUGACGUCAUCCUCUCAGUUGCGACGUGCACCACGGUUCCUUUCAUCAUCUUCCGUCGCCAGAAGCCACGCUUAGAUGCAGUGACGGCAAACUUCCUCUUCCCUAAUCUCCCAGUGAUAGUCGCGGCGGGAGAAGGAAGCGUAGUCGCAAACGCUUUGCCCUCGAAGUCCCACGCCAUGACGACGCUCAUCACAUGUUAUGUGCUCUGGGGCAUCGGUGAAUGCUUCACCGGGCUCGUGCUAGCGUUGUACCUUCACCGCCUGACCGUGCACGGCCUCCCGCCGCGAGAGACCAUUGUCUCCGUCUUCCUCCCCUUGGGACCCCUGGGUCAGGGAGGGUUCGGAAUCCAGCAUUUGGGUAUCGUCGCGCUGAAGUUAUCUCCUAGCUCUGCAUCAUCAGUGAUCGCUGCAGAGGAGCUCCGAAGCGCGGCGGGCCCCUGGAUGCACGGCGGGGAGAUCCUUCAUGUGCUGGGCACCUUCUUGGCGCUGUGCAUGUGGGGGUUCGGGGUCGUGUGGCUGUCAUUGGCAGUAUUCAGCCUGGCGGCACUGCGACGGUUCCCGUUCAACGUUGGCUGGUGGGGAUUCACUUUCCCGCUGGGAGUUCUGGCGACAUGUACCGGCAUUUUGGCCGAGUCCCUUGACAGCGUCUUUUUCCGGGUUAUGACCAUGAUAUUCUCGCUUUCCGUGUGUCUUCUGUGGCUCAUGGUUGCUGUUGGGACUCUACAGCGGGUAUGGACGGGCGUCAUAUUUCAAGCGCCUUGUAUAAGAGACCUUAGGGAGAAGGAACGGCAAAGAGUGUCGGAUGGGAGAGUGUAAAUAUGUCACAAGUUUUAGGGAUAUCAU